UCAUUUGCAGCAUGGAUGCUAGUCGUACUGUUCAUGGUGAAGACGGGUUUUGGUGAAAGUGAGAGAUGAGCGCGCACACCAACUCGACGACAACCUUUCUCCUUUGAAAAUAUAUCAGUGGCAUGCCGUACCCUACAUCUUACUCCUCCAUCUCGGCGCGGGAAUAUCUCUUCGUCGGCUUUAUAGCAUUCCAGGUACGUAUCGUAUUCCAAAUGUGACAACGUUACUGACAACUUGUAGACCAUCAUGCUGCCGAUAACAGAAUACAAAGGCACGUUCAGCUUCGUCUCGAGCCGACUGUACAACAAUAUCAAGAGCGUUCUGCCCCAUUAUAACGAAAAAGACCCGGAAACAUGGCCGUAUAUAGCCCUGGCGACAAUCGAAAAGCACUGCCCAUACCGGGGCUAUCCAGAUCUUCCCACGGGAGUAGCCUACGAGCGAUCAGUACUGGAGAGAUACGAAGAAAUGUAUUCGGCAGAAGAGCGCAGACAAGGUGCCUCCUUGAACGGUUCCUUCCACGAGAGAUAUCCGUUCAACUACGACGAACACGAUGUACUGAAGGAUCAAGUUGAUAUAACCUCGUCAGAAUAUGGAGGUUAUAUAGAGGACGAACCCGAUGUCGCAGUAGACGAACCCGAUGUCGUAGCAGACGAACCCGAUAUUAGACGCGAAGCUGCUAGACUACGAGGCAAGCUAUUUGACAAGAACAGUCAGCUCAUGAGCUCGCAGCAGAAUCUCAAAGAGUACGAGGCGGCUGAAAGCUGGAGACGUAAUGCAGUGAGUAAUGCCGAAUAUGAGCUGGGAAAGCAAAGGCAACGCGCAGAUGCAGCCGAGAGAGAAUGCAUGCUUCAAAAGACAAGCAAUAUCCAGUUAGUAGAACGGAUCAAGAAUCUGGAGGCGUACUGCACUCAGCUGGAGGAAAACAUUACAGUAAUGGAUGGCGGGCGUGGAAGGAAACAAAUUCAAGUAAUUGAUGUAGAUUCUGAUGAGGAUUUGAUGGAGGGAUUGGGAUAUAGCGAGAUGCGAUCGUCAAGUUUGGGGUGA